AUGAGCGAGGAACCCGAACAUGAGAUUGGACCAAUGCCUAAAAAUGCACAGGAAGAGCACAAAAUCAGAAAAAUACCGGGCAAAAACAGCACAGAGCCAUUAGCAAGCACAGAGCCAUUAGCAAACACAGGACCAUUAGCAAACACAGGGCCAUUAGCAAACACAGGGCCAUUAGCAAACACUCCGCAUGCAUCUUCUUCACAACAGGGAUCCCUUGAGACGCAGCAAAAUCCCAAAAAACCGAAGUCAUCUGCAGCCUUGUCACCAGCCAUAAAAUUUGACUUGGAACAACUGCCGAAUUCGAAAAGAUAUGAAAAGAGCUAUCUUCACAGGGAUAACGUUACGUUGGUUCUAAUUACCCCUGAGACCGAUUUUCUCAUUACGGCAUCUAUUGAUGGGAUUGUUAAAUUCUGGGUCAAGGCAGAAAAGGGGAUUGAAUUUGUAAAAGCAUUUAAAUCUCACGCCGGCCCCGUGGGAAGACUCGCAACCACCAAAGACGGGCUUUACUUGGCCACAAUUGCAGUUCCUUCGGCAAAGGAUGGCACCCUUAAAUUGUAUGAUGUUGUAAAUUUCGACAUGUACCAAAGUGUCCCGGUCUCGUUUACGCCCCUCGCGUUAGCCUGGUGUUCUUUCAAGGCGUUUCUUUCGGCAAAUAUUAUUUUAUCUUCCGCUGAAAAUACAAAUGUAUUUGUCAUUGAUUCAAAGUCAGGUAGCCUGCUUCAUACGAUUUGUCUUGGCUCGUUGCAUUGUUCCCCAAUUGAACUCCUGGAAUUCAAUCCCAAAUUUGAUGCUAUGCUGUCUUCAGAUAUUAAACACGGUGUCUCCUUCUGGGGAAUCGAUUUAAAUUACAACCCAGCCAUAUCGGCCAACUCGCUUUUUGCUACCAAAUCCCAAACGGACUUUGGAGUUUUUGACAAAAAGCAAAGCCAUAUUUUGUCGAUUACGUUUUCGCCGGACUAUGGCAGGUUUGUUAUCAUGGAUUCAAAGAGACAAAUCCGUAUCUUUUGUAGCAAGUCUUGUCGGAUUACCCAUCAAUUCGACGAGAGCUUAGAAAGUGCCUCUCGCCUACGCGACCUAGCAUUCAAAAGGAAGGAUAACCCUAACCCCCAAAUACUCCCCUAUCUAGUGGAACAGUCUGAUUUUGAUAAACGUCUUUGUUUGGAAAAGGACAUCGAUGGCCAAGUUGGAUUGGCACUGGCCAUACAAGACCACUCCACGCUGAAUUCUCUUCGUCGAAAUUGCGUUUUCAAUGCAACAGGCACUCUUCUUCUAUUUCCGACUCUGUUUGGAAUUAAAGUUGUGCAUUUGGAAUCCUCCUCCCUAUUGUCCGUAAUCGGUAUGGAAGAUGCAGGUGCUUGUCGCUAUUCAUGUGUGGCCCUUUUCCAAGGCACUUGCUCCAAAUAUUCGAAUACAAAUUCCAUCAAAAAGGCACUUCCAAGCACGGACAUGUUGGCAUCCGAUAACCCUGUUUUGAAGGACAUGUUUUUGCCUCCCGAUCCUGUUUUAUUUGCAACGAUGUAUAGAAAAUCAAGAUUUGUCUUGCUUUCAACAAGGCCGCCAGUGAAGCUAUCCGAGCGAGAUGUUAUGAAUGAAAAGGCCAUCCGGGAUGAGCAUAAGGUAGAGGUGAAAGCACUUCCAUAUGAGGAGGAUCCAUCUCUCCUUGCAACGGCAAAGGGGAGAAAAAUCGCUCUCAUAUACACCAACCUUGGCGAAUUUCAGUUUGAGCUUUUCCAGGCUGAGGCGCCAAAGGCUGUCGAAAAUUUCAUUUACCUUUCCAGGCGAGGGUAUUAUGACAAUGUGAUAUUCCAUCGCAUCAUUAACGGGCGACCCAGCAGGUUGUUUCCCCUACACCACUCAUGCCUAGGUGAUGGAACCGGAGGGGCAUCCAAAUGGAACCGAAAUUUCGAAGAUGAAAUUGUGCCCGCUUUGAGGCACGAUAAACCCUACACCGUUAGCAUGGCCAAUUCGGGGCCCAAUUCCAACGGGUCCCAAUUUUUUGUGACAACCAUUGCUUGUCCUUGGCUGGACGGCAAGCACACCAUAUUUGGGCGAUGCAUUUCCGGAAUGGACACCAUUCAUAAGAUUGAGAAAACCCCUGUAAACAAGUAUGACCGACCAACGAAAGAGGUGCAUAUCAUCGGCAUCGACAUCAAGACAGACGCCGGCCAUCGAGAAUAA